AUGUCUCAGGGGAUAGGAAUAGUCGGAUGCGGCUCCAUCGGUCGGGCUCUCCUGCGCGCAGGGGACACCGGCCAGUUUGGAGCGCCCAUCGCUGGAGUGGCCAGCCGUACAGCCGAGACGGCCCUGGAGUUCCUGCAAACCCUCGACUCUCCCCCGCCAUACCUUGAACUGGGCGAAUUGGUGGGAAGUUCGUCGCUGCUGAUCGAGACUGCCGGAGGCCACGUGGUGCCGCAGUUGGCAGUGGCGGCAUUCGGGGCAGGGAAAGACCUGAUGGUCAUCAGCAUCGGUGCGCUGCUUGAGCAUCCGGAGGUCAUUGAUUGGGCCCGCGCGACCGGUUGCCGUCUUUACGCGCCGUCCGGUGCAAUAGCCGGGCUGGACGGGAUCAAGUCGGCCUGCCAGGGGCAUGUUGACAGAGUGGAAAUGGUGUCGCGGAAGCCCAUCGCGGCACUGGAGGGUGCCCCCUAUCUCAUUGAGAAUGAGAUCCCGAUAGACGGUUUGACCGAGGCCCGGGAGGUGUUUUGUGGGUCGGCCCGGGACGCCUGCCGUGGCUUCCCCUCCAACCUGAACGUGUCGGCGGCAGUCAGCUUGGCCGGCAUCGGCCCCGACCGCACAACGGUAUGCAUAGUUGCCGACCCUGCGCUGGCCCGUAACUGCCACGACAUCACCGUUGAGGGUGAAUUCGGGCUGCUUCAGGUCCAUAUCGAGAAUAUACCUUCCGAGAAUCCCAAGACCGGCAGGCUGACCGCGAUGUCCAUCAUUCGCUCGGUCCGGGACGUUUUCGAUCCCGUCCGCAUCGGCACCUGA